AGUAUAUAUAACCGAUGUUCUGUAGGCUGUGCAAUCGUGUGCUGGCUAAAGGGCAUACUGUCAAAUAAAGUAUAUAAAAAUAGUAAUCAAGGAAAAGGGAAUUGAGCCUAUUCGUUUACUUCUAUUAAUACACACUUCGAUUGAUUAGUUUGGUAACAGAAAAUGCCAGUUAUGAGGGCUCUGACAAAAGCUGCCAAGCAGGCGCUCCUAACCCCGGGAUGUGGAUGUCGGACCGCGGCUUUUGCUGUCCGGGCAAUCAGCUUUUCUCCACGCCAAGUCACCUCGGAUGCGAGUUUCCACUCCGUUUCCUUCUCAGAGACUGAUCAUCCAAAAGUUUUAAUCACAGGUGGUCUUGGACAACUUGGGGUGGGCCUUGCUAAGAUGCUGAGAAAACGUUUUGGCAAUGACAACGUCAUUCUGUCAGACAUCAGGAAGCCACCUAGCCACGUCUUCCACAGUGGACCUUUUAUCUAUUCUGACAUCUUGGACUAUAAGAACCUGCGUGAGAUUGUGGUGAACAACCGCAUCACCUGGCUUGUCCACUAUAGCGCCCUCUUGAGUGCUGUUGGAGAAGCAAAUGUACAGCUGGCCCGGGAAGUCAACAUCACUGGUUUACACAAUAUUCUGGAUAUUGCCUCUGAACACGGACUGCGUCUGUUCGUCCCCAGCACCAUCGGAGCCUUCGGCCCCACCUCCCCACGUGACCCCACUCCUGACCUGUGUGUGCAGCGGCCGCGCACGAUCUACGGUGUCUCCAAGGUACACGCCGAGCUCAUGGGAGAGUACUACCACCACAGGUAUGGCCUGGAUUUCCGUUGCCUGAGGUACCCUGGCAUCAUCUCUGCUGACUCCCAGCCAGGAGGCGGCACAACUGACUAUGCCGUGGCCAUCUUUCAUGAUGCCAGCAAGAAUGGGAAAUUUGAGUGCAACCUGAAGCCAGGCACACGCCUGCCCAUGAUGUACAUUGACGACUGCCUGCGAGCCACGCUGGAGGUGAUGGAGGCCCCGACAGAGCAGCUCAGCAUGCGCACCUACAACAUCAACGCCAUGAGCUUCUCCCCUGAGGAGCUGGCUGCUGAGGUCAAGAAGCAGAUGCCAGACUUCCAGAUCACCUACAACAUCGACCACGUCAGGCAGGCCAUUGCUGACAGCUGGCCGAUGAACUUUGAUGACGACAACGCCCGCAAUGACUGGGGCUGGAAACACGAUUACGAUCUCCCCGAACUGGUAACGACAAUGCUCAACCUGAUCGGCUCCGACUCCCGCCUUGCUCACGCCAACUAAACCACAUGGAGGACCAGAGUCUGUGUACAUAGUGUAAAGACAUAUCUAAAGAUUAUACAUAUAUGUGUGUAUGGAGGCAUUGAUGUGUAAAUAGUCUUUUUUCUCCAUAUUAUAUUAGAGAGGGACAAUCACACUCUCAGUUUCUCAGGGCUUAUCUAGUCUGACGCCAGAUAUAAUAGAAGCAGAUUAUUGUUUUUUUAGUUAACCUGUAAGAACUUAUGCAAAAAAGGCAGGUACUUCCUUAAAUGGUUAACUUGGGGAACAUUAUCAAAGCGUAGUUGUGCAAUUCUUAAUCUUGAAUAGACUGGAGUGUGUUGAGGACAUACAGUACCUUAUCAUGUUGCCUUAUGCAUCAGAACCCUGGAGAGACCAGUGCUGGCUCUGACAAAAUAAACUACAGGAAAGAUUUUGCCUGUGUGCCAAUGGGUUUCAUGUAACCCCUCAGGUAAACGGAAGAGAUAAUUUUGUAAUGAAUGGUGAAUUUAUAUACAAGUCUAUAUAUUGGCAGUUGCAAGACAAUGAAAUGUGGUUUUGAAUUUUCCUUUUACUUGAACAUUUUUUCCUUUUGUGUUGCUAUUUGUCUUUGGUUUGUAUAUUGUGUAGACUGAUUUAUUUUGCAGGGCAUCUACAGUGGGUUUUUACAGUGAUGAUUUGAUUUGAGAAAAUGGGUCAUGUUGUGGUUUUUCAAAGUAAAAUGAUUUCAUCCUGGCUCAAAUUGAGGUACAGGGUGCCCAUGGUCAUACCUUGCUCUGGUGCUUCAGAAUUAUGACUCUAAAGAACUUUCCUUGUUUUCUGGCAGAAUAGAAACCUUCAUAGAGGGUGUGUCCUUUGUUUGUUUGUUUUGUCUAUUGGAGCGCUAUGAGAAGUGGCUGCCAGGCUGAUAGACUAGUGGAGUAUCAAUAGACCAAUAAAACGGAUACAUUCAUUAACCAGAAAAGCAUGUAAUAACUCAGAAUGUGUGGCAGUUAUUAUUUAGAAAAGGCUUCAACUACAGUAGUCCCACUGUUACCAUACCAACUGGCUAAAUGAGUUUCAGGUUAAUUAGUAUUCAGGUUGUUUUUUAUGUUGUUGUCCGCUUGUUAAAAUAACAAAAAAGAAAAUAAAUGUAAAAUGCAUAGGGCACAUAUUGUAUGUAAUUAAAGUGCUGGAUAAUAUCUCAGCUUUGUAAGUAAAGUUACAUUUUUUCCAUUCAA